AUGUCUACACUUGCUCCUGCGACAAGACUAAACACUACACCUGCAAUUCUUCCUGCGCCAGCAGAAUUCGCGGACAAGAACGAGGAAAUAUCCAUAGAAAUCCCAGGGAGAAGUGUGCAUCCAGGGAAAUUGACCGCCAUGUUGAGAUCAAACUUCGGUUUUGGAGCGUACGAUAUAAUGAUGUCGCGCAAUACAUAUACAGUCAGAACACCAAGACGUCUUUCGGCAGACGAAAUAGCAAGAUGUAGAUGA